GGCUGGGCUGGGUUCAACCUGGCGGCUGGAGUUUAGUCCCCGCGCUCCUGUUGGGCGAAGCUGUGUCUGUUCCCGGGCUCCGGCGACUACUGUCCUAUCGGGAUCUUGAUCAUGUUGGGGACAAAGGCGAAAGUCGGGAGGAAACAGUUGCUUCUCUUCACAUCGAUGAUCCUGUGCUCACUGGCAUUGGGCAGGGGUGCAGUGCAAACUUCUGAACCAGUAGUCCGAGUUGCUGAGAAUAAACCUGCCAAGUUGUCCUGCUCCUACUCCGGCUUCUCCUCUCCCCGCGUGGAGUGGAAGUUUGCCCAUGGCGACAUCACCAGCCUCGUUUGCUAUAACAACAAGAUCACAGCUUCCUAUGAGGACCGAGUUACUUUUUCGGACAGUGGCAUCACCUUCCAUUCUGUGACCCGGAAAGACACGGGGAUGUACACUUGUAUGGUCUCUGACGAAGGCGGCAACACCUAUGGGGAAGUCACUGUCGAGCUCAUUGUGCUUGUGCCUCCAUCCAAGCCUACAAUCAGUGUCCCCGCCUCUGCUACCAUCGGGACCCGAGCAGUGCUGACCUGCUCAGAGACAGACGGUUCCCCACCUUCUGAAUACUUUUGGUUCAAGGAUGGGGUACUGAUGCCUACGGAACCCAAGAACAACCGUGCUUUCAGCAACUCUUCCUAUACCCUGAACCAUAAGACAGGGGAGCUGAUCUUUGACCCCGUGUCGGCCUCUGAUGCUGGAGAUUACACUUGUGAGGCGCAGAAUGGGUUCGGGCCACCCAUGAAGUCAGACACGGUGCACAUGGAUGCUGUGGAGCUGAAUGUAGGGGGCAUCGUGGCAGCUGUCCUUGUAACACUCAUUCUCCUUGGAGUCUUGAUUUUUGGCAUCUGGUUCGCCUAUAACCGAGGCUACUUUGACAGAGCAAAGAAAGGGACCUCGAAUAAGAAGGUGAUUUACAGCCAGCCCACUGCUCGAAGAGAUGGGGAAUUCAGACAGACCUCAUCAUUCUUGGUGUGACCCUGGUCCAGCUCAUCUCCCGUCCUCUGUGCUUGCCUUACUCAGGUGCUACCAGACUCUGGCCCCUGAUGUCUGUAGUUUCACGGGAUGCCUUAUUUGUCUUCUAGCCCCCACAGGGGCCCUCACUUUUAUCUUAGUUAGGAUGUGUUUUUUAAAUAAUGUCUGCCAUGUGCACCUUCUAACUUCCUGCCUCCCUUCCUUUCCCACCACUGCUGAGUGGCCUGGGACUUGUUUAACGCUCUUUUCCCCCAUCCCCCGUCCCUACGAGGGAUCAGACAGAAGUCCUGACUGAUGCCUGCUGAGUUCCCUUCCAAGUAGACUACGAGGGUGGCGGGGCACUCACUGCCCCCUGCGCGCAGCGGUCCUCACAUAGGGAGGGAUCUGGAGCUUGGUUCCUUGGUGCUUUCUUGCCGUACUGAGGACCGGUACCAGCUGUUCUAGAGUGGAGACCGGAGCAGCUGAAAUGGUUGUUUGGUGACGACGUCAAGUCUCUUCUGCCUCUGCAGCCCACUUUCUUCUGUCUUCCCGCCAGAAGUACCAUGGGCUCCUCCUGCGCCGUCCUCUUUCUGAACACAAGCAGACUGACAGCAACUAUGUCUGUGGAGAAAACAAGAGUUUUGGUUGUGGAGAUCAUAGUAAGCUUUCAGGGCACACGGAGCAGAAGAGUUUUUAAACCACUGAUCUACAGAAAAGAAAGCUGGAGCUGGUAGCUCAAGCCAUCACCCUUCCCUUGGCUGGAACAACUGGACCCACACUUUUAAGAUGUGUCUGCAGGGUUGUGGGAAUUUGUGUAGUAGUCAGCUCUGCUGAGCACGUGUGUGUGUCUGUGUGUGUGUGGUAUCAAUUCUAUACUGAAAUUGAGUGUGUGUUGGAGGGCUUCUUAGCUCUUUGGUGAGAUUGUAGUGUGGGAAUGGGAGAAAUGAAAUACCUAGGCUCCUUCUUAGUACAAACAAGAAAAUCCCCAAAGCCCUGCUUCCUAGCAACCUGGGCUGGUCCCUAGCUCACUGUCCUACCCCUUCCUGGUUCCUGCCUUCAAGGCAGACGUUGGACCCUCAUUUCCAGAGUCCUCUUGUGGCAGGAGAAGGGCACCCCGGGUGAAGUGAUGGUGUACUCUGGGUUCUACUUGGUCUGAUCCACUCAGUGAGAGGAGAAAUGCCCACCCUGCCACCUCUGUCAGCCAGAUGCACUAAUAUACUUCCCUGAGGCUACAGGAAAAGCAGCCCCAGAGCCUGAGGCAAGAUUUCUCAAAUCAUUCUCAGAAUCACUCCUUUAGUAGUAGUUUAAAGUAGUCCUACUUCUCUAUUUAGGGGGUAGGUGUAAGGAGAGCAGGAGCGAGCAGAGUAGUCCUGCCCACCAUCUUGACCCUUCUUUGCCCUUACAUCUGUUUCUCCCUCUACCCCAGCAGCCCCAGUCUAUUUAUUCACUAGCAAGAGGGCAAAUAAGGGGUCUCCUAGGAUUGAUUUUGCUAAUUUCUGUGGAGGAUACUGAACGCCACUUUGCCAUGUUCUGUUCCCUCAUCUGACAGUCCAUCACAGAACUGAGUUUUCUUUUCAUCAAGGAUCCAGAAGGAAAAACAAAAACCAAAUCGUAUCGUCACGCACCAAUAAAAAAUAAGCUUUCCAGACGGAAAUAGAAUCUAAUUAGGCAAUAAAAGUAGAGAUUGAGAAACGGUUCAGUAAGAAUGAGGUUUUUGAAGUACGUUUCAGUUUUGUAUCAUUGCUGGGGGACAGGGUGGGAGGGAUGUGGAGAAAAGGCCACAGGGAAGCAGAGGUGAAUCAUUGUGCCUGCAAGCCUGAAGCAAAUGGCUCUUCACUCCCUAGGUCACGACUUGUGAGGAGUAUAAGUCAGUUAUUUACCAGCCUUGGACUUUACCGCUCCAGCUUACAACAGUCCCUUGAGUUGGAAAACACCUCGUCUGCUUUCAUUUUAGAAUGUUACAACUAAUUUUUGUAAUAAAUGUUUAUUUUUCACAUUGAGUUUAAGUCCUGAAGUUUUAGCUUAAAAGAAUUGGGACCCCCAAAGUGACUUGAACAUUCAAAAAUCUUACCUGUAGUCUUUUUUUUUUUUUUUCCUGUAGUCUUUUUAAGAAAGAGAUUAGGGAUAUCCUUCUAAAUAGUAUGGUAGUUCGAUUUCACUUUAACUGACCAUUGGCCUGUACUUGAAUGGGAAUGCUUCAAAUGGACAUUUCCUACAUUAAAAGGAGACUUAGGGCUUGAGGAACGGGGUAAUCCAUAGAGAUUAGUGUUUUAGACAUGAACCCACCCUGAUUAGGGAUAAAAUGAUUGGACAUUAAGGAUGUAUUUGUUGUCCCUGUCUCAACAGGAUCUGCAGAUCAAGGCCAGGGGAGGGGAAAGUGGGAAAUGGGGUUGGUCCAUUUCUGAAUGACAGGACAGUAUGUUCUAUGGGGGCAUGGGGACAGCUUAGUAAAGGAGAUAAAUGAAGAAAAAGUACAACUUGCACUUUAAGAAAAAAAAAUCUCGAAUUUUGUAGCUCUUCCAAUUUAUUAUCCCUUCUUUGGUACUAGCUGUAAAAAUCUAAUAUGAAAUGGAACUUUUUUUGACGGAAGUAAUUUUUUUUUCCUUUUGGCCGCGCUGCACAGCUUGUGGGAUCUUAGUUUCCCAACCAGAGAUUGAACCCUGCCUGGGCCCAUGGCAGUGAAAACCCCGAGUCCUAACUACUGGACCACCAGGGAAUUGCCCAGUAACUUGUUCAAUAAUUACUAUCAUCCACUAACUUCCUUACUGGGUAUUACUACUAUCCCCAUUUCACAGAUAGGGAAAAGAGGCACAGAAAUGCUCAGGAACCUGCCCGUGUUCACACAACCAGUACUAGGCAAGUAGUAGAUCUGGGAUUCAAGACAGCUGGGGAGAGACUGGAUAGCAUAUGUCUUGCUCACAGUGACCCUGUUGGAGGAGGAGCUGGAGAUAGAAGUUAACUUCCCCUGUAGAGGUAGGUAUGUGGGAAUUAGGAGAGGACAUUGAAAGUAGUGAUGUCCACCUGGGGUUUUCUCUGAACUGUGACUACCCCAACAGUAUCUACAGGACAGAGACAAGCAAUUAUGAAGCUCUUGGUAAAAUGGGGGGCCUAUGAGCGCCACCUUCUGGAAUGAAGGAUAACAUCGCUGCAUUUUUGCCAGUGACCUAAAUGAAAAACAAGGCAUGCAUAUUUGUGGAUGGCAAGGAGAUAGAACAACAACUUCAUCAGCUUGCAAAAUGAGAAGUCAAAAAGAUCUCAGUAGGCAGGAAUGAUAAACUCCAUUUAAGAAGGUGAAGUUCAGUGGUAAUAAGUGUUAAGAUUUUGCCUUUGGGCUCCCACAACCAAUUCUUCAUGUAUAAAUUUGGAAGGAUGUAGAAUGUCUAGAACCAGAGGGAUACUCUUUGCUGAUGGUACUAAACCCCUGUAUCAAGUUCUAUUUUAGAUGUCAAACUUUAAGAUGAUUAUAGACAAACUAGAAUAUGUUCAUAGAAAGUGAUCUGGGUGGUGAAGGGACUUAAAACUAGAAGCCAUCUAGAAGCUUAAUAAAAGAAUCAAUGUCAAGCCCAGAGAAUCAAAGACUCAGACAAGACAAAAUUAGAUAUUUGAAGAUUACUGGGUGGAUGGUCCCAAGGCAGAAAAUUAGGACCAAUGGAUGAUGACUAAGAAGACUGGUUAUAAUUCAGAAUGUGCCCUUCAGAGCUUCAAGGAGGAGGUGCUGUAUGGAAGAAAGAAUAGCAGUUUUGGAGUCAGGCAGAACUUGUUUGAUUCCACCUUCUGCGAUGUUGGCAAAUUUUUCUCUCUGGGUCUCAGUUUUGUCAUCUAAAAAAUUGGUGAUAAUACCCACCCUAUGAAAUUUUUAGAAUUAAAUGAGACAAGGUCUGUAAAGCACUUUACAGUACCUCACAUUAUAAGAGCUGUCCAUAACUGCUUCCAAACUGGAUAUUCUAGGCCAGGAGUUGACAAACUUCAAAUAAAUGGCUAGAUAAUUUUGUUUUUUUGACUUACAAAUUUUUUUUUUUUUUUUUUGGCUGCCUUGGGUCUUCGUGGCUGCACGUGGGCUUUCUCUAGUUGUGGCGAGCGGGGGCUACUCUUCGUUGCGGUGUGUGGGCUUCUCGUUGCAGUGCCUUCUUGUGGAGCAUGGGCUCUAGGCACGUGGGCUUCAGGAGUUGUGGUGCACAGGCUCAGUAGUUGUGGCUUGUGGGUUCUAGAGCACAGGCUCAGUAGUUGUGGCACACGGGCUUUGUUGCUCCAUGGCAUUUGGGAUCUUCCCGGACCAGGGCUCGAACCCGUGUCCCCUGCAUUGGCAGGCGGAUUCUUAACCACUGCACCACCAGGGAAGUCCCCUACUAAGGUGUUUUUAUUUUUUAUUUAUUUUUUAAAAGUUUUUUUAAAAAAAAUUAUGUGUAACAUAGACAAAGUUAUUUGUCAAUAAAUUUUUAAGGAAUUUCA